UUCAAAAUCCAUUUUUGGAGGAUCAUUGAAAUAUUAAUUGUGGUUGCCUUCUCAACAUAAUUUGAUGCUCAGUUCAUCCACUUAAAAAGAUGUCCUUUGACUCCUUUCCCUGUGUGGAACCCCAACUUAGUCAAUUUAGACCGUUCCAACACAUCUAUCAUUUCCUCAAGCAAGUGAAUUUAUGCAUGGUUUCUUUGUAAAGAAAAAGAUCAAUGAUAGAAAUUUGAAUUUUGUUUAAGAAAAGAAGAGGGUAAGAAAUAGUAGAGAGCUAGAUGUAGUGAAGUAGAUGACAAUCAUGUUCAUGUGCAGAUUUAGUUCCUCUCAUUUGUUCAUUCAUAACUUGAGGUUAAAUAACUAUUUAUUAUAGUCAAAUGGACAUUUGUGAACAGAGAAAUCGAAAAGUUGAAGCUCUCUGAAAUGACAUGCAGAGAGGGGGUUAUUGAAGUUGCCAAAAUCAUCUACAAGGUACAUGACGAGGCAAAGGACAAGGCCUUUGAAUUGGAAAUGAGUUGGGUCUGUGACGAGUCCAAGAAACAACAUGAAAAGGUUCCUGACGCACUGUUAGAGGAAGCAAAGGCUGCUGCUAGAGCUGCACUGGAAGAAAUGGAUGCUGAUUAAGUUUUACCGAGAGCUUGUAAUCUUCAUGUUUUGAUCUUCUAAUCUUCACAUAUUUCCCGAUGUCAAGAAGCUGAUGCUGAUGGUUUUAUGUAUGAAUGAAUUCAUUGCUCAAACUCGUUUCCCCAUAUUAUAUUUAUCUCUUUGUUUUAGGAAUGUACUAUGAAUUUGACACAGAUCCAAUAUCAAGAAUGAUCAGUUGCAAAACAAACAUGGAUAUCGUUC